AACGCUGCUGCUGUUGACAGUCUCAGGCGACAGGACCGUGUGUUUGCACCCUCCCUCCACCCAGCUUUGCUAAAGGCGCACAGGCUUUCGCUGAUGGAUGCCACCAUGGAGCAGAAAACAUAAGCUGAGCGCACGCGAGGACGCAGCCACUUGUACUUUUCAGAAGAUUGUACAACGGAGGGAUGAAGAAGUGAACUCUUUAAAAUCGCUUUUGUGCCAACAUGUCUAAACCAAUGGAUCACGUCAAACGCCCGAUGAACGCCUUCAUGGUCUGGUCCAGAGCCCAGCGCAGGAAGAUGGCCCAGGAGAACCCCAAAAUGCACAACUCCGAGAUCAGCAAGAGACUGGGAGCGGAGUGGAAACUUCUCACUGAGUCCGAGAAGCGGCCGUUCAUCGACGAAGCCAAGCGGCUGCGAGCGAUGCACAUGAAGGAGCAUCCAGACUACAAAUACAGACCGAGACGGAAGCCCAAGACUCUGAUGAAGAAAGAUAAGUUUUCCUUCCCCAUGCCCUACAACCUCGGGGAGCACGACGCGCUCAAAGUGAGCGGGCUUUCCAUGGGAUCGCUUUCCGACUCCAUGAUGGGGCACGCGGACAAGGCGGCGGCGGCUGCUGCGGCCGCGGCGGCGAGGGUCUUCUUCAACCCGUCCAUGUCCGCGAACCCCUACUCCUUUUUCGACCUGGGAUCCAAGAUGUCAGAGCUUUCCCAGCCUUCCUUUCCGUACGGUUCCCCGCUGGGCUACCCGCCGGGAAGCGCCGCGGCGUUCGCCGGGAGUGUAGGCGGCGGGACGCACGCCCACACUCACACACACCCGUCCCCUGGAAACCCGGGCUACAUGAUCCCCUGUAACUGUUCGGCCUGGCCCUCAGCGGGACUCCAGCCGCCCUUAGCGUACAUUCUGCUCCCCGGGAUGGGGAAACCUCAACUUGAACCGUACUCCGCGUACGCUGCGGCGUUAUGAUAGGCCCAGUUUGGACUUCUAUAAGAGAUUCAUUCAAAACAAAAAAGUUAUCCAUGCAAGAGUUUUAUUAUGCAUGCACAAACUUGUACAUGUGAUGAAGUGCUCGUCGUCUCAGAUAUCACAUGUGUAUGUACAUUGAUUAACGCCUUUAUCUAAGGUAAUGCUUAUUUAGAGAACUCUCUAAUCUAUUAUUACGCAGCCGUCCCCUGUGUGCGCGCAGAGGAAGGACUGAAGGAUGGCACACACAACACGGCACACGCUGGAGAGGAAGGGGCAGCAGAACAAUUUGUGAAAACUCAUUUUGAAAAGGUGGUCGAUUUCUACCGUUUUUUUUGUUUUUAUUUUUUGCAAGUUGCACCUGCUUGAGCCCGGUGGAUCCGAGGGCUGCAGCCUGUAGCCUCCAAUGACAAUGUCAAUCACGGGACCACCGCGUUUCCUCUCAGAUGUCAUGUUGUAGGGGUCAAAUUCAUGGAUCAAGGAGGAUUGUCACAACACCACCAUGCCAUCCUCUCUCUUGAGUGACUGUAAAUGUGUACAGAUAAAAAUGACUCUAGUUUAUUUGCCGUUAUAGGCUUAGUGUUUGAGACAUAGGGCCAGGAAACCUAGAAAUCCGGUGUAUAUUUUGAGUUUUUAAACCGUUUUAUAGAUGUCUGUAAUAUUUAUUGUUUAGUGGAAUCUAUGGUGAACCCAGACCUUUUCUUUUUCCUUUUUUUUCUAAAGAGGACAAAACCAGUUCUGUAAUAUUUGCACAUGAGACAGAUGUAAUUUAUUUUGAAGGUGGUAUUCAAUUUCCAGUGCAUUGCAAACUUUCGGGUUUAAAGGAAAAUUACAAACAUUUUAAAAAUGCCAAUGGGAGUUUAGCCUUCUCAAUUAUUUUUUUUCUUGAUCCCUCACUCUACAACUCCUGGUAUCGUGUGCAGGAGGAGGAGAUGAAGAAGAAGAAGAAGAAGAAAAACAUUUUUAUCUAACUCUUAUGGAAUUUGUAUGUUUUUUUGUGUUUUCUUUAACCUCCGUUCUGUACUUCAAAGCUAUUGCUACUGUUCACUUGUUGAGCAAAAAAAGGACUACACAAUAAAGCGUCUUCGGAUUGAUAAAAAAACAAAAAACGGAAGGGGAUCGCAGGCUGUAGUUCUUGGUGAGAUGAACAAGAUUGUUAUCUUUUCUCUUUUUCUGCUCCUCGGUCCAGGUGAAGUGUAAGGUAUCCUCCAAAGGCCGCUUUUGUCCGCGCUGUGAAUGGCAUCAC